AUGGCAAGGCUGUGGCACUUCCUGCUCCUGUGCUGGGCAUGGAGUCCUCUGUGCCUUCCAUCCAGUGUAAGCUUCAUUGGUACACCGCAGGAGUGUGAAAAGGCUCACUUUGUCCCAGGUUACAACCUGGGUGGUGAAGGCUUUGACAUUGUGACGAUGGAGAGAAAAGGUGCCUAUGUCAUCGAUACUGAAACUUGGAAGAUUGGAAAUGGCACGUGCAGGAUGUACAGUAACGGCUACAUGAAUUGUGAGAAGCAGAAGGUCCCUGUCGCUGUGGUGGACUGGAGAAUGCUCCCCAAGUGCAGUUUGAAGGUCUCCAGUGUGGUCUAUGAUUCUGUUGAAAGCCUUGUCAAUGACUCAACAUCAUCUGUGUCCAACAACUGGAAAAUUGGCCUCGAAAUCCCUGUAGAUCCUUCCGUAAAGCUCGGGGUUGGCUUUGGUGGUUCCCACUCGAGAGAUUCUACCUUUGCCAUGAAAAAGUCAAAAGAAGACCACUACACCUUCAUGCACCAUUCUGUCAACUGUAAAUUCUAUGGCUACAGACUGGCAACAAGUCCUCCUCUGAGUCAUGAAUUUAAGUCAGCUGUGGACUCCCUUCCCCCUUAUGCCUCUAACUCUGGGCCCUUAUAUCGCAAUCUGAUUGACACUUAUGGUACACAUUAUAUCACACAAGUGUCUCUUGGAGGUGAAAUUAAAGCAACCACUGCUGUCAGGGCCUGCAAGGCUACAAUGAAUGGACUAAAAGAUACAGAAGUUGGUGAUUGUUUGUCAGUUGAAGCUUCGGCUAGUUUUGCAAGUUCUGCUAGUAUUAAGGCCAUGUACGAACACUGUCAGAAAAAGAAAAACAAGCUGGGCUCUGAUCAAAGUUUCAGCAGUUCAUUUAAUGAGCGACACACAGAGGCUAUUGGUGGGGACAUUAAUGGAGGUGAUAUCCUCUUUCAAGGCCAGUCUGACCCCUCGGUCUAUAAAAGCUGGCUCAGCUCUCUCAAAACAACACCCGAUGUGGUCCAAUACAGUUUAAAGCCCCUGCACACCAUACUGCCAUUAAACCAUCCUGCCACAGCAGGACGGAAGCGAGAGGUAGAGCAGUACAUUAGGAGAAAUGCAGUGCUGAAGAAAUGUUCAGAAACCUGUAAGAUUGGGCACAGAUCAAAUGUAAGAGAUCCUUGUGCUUGUGCCUGCAACAGUAACCAGAAUGUCAAGUCAAACUGCUGUCCUGCUGGGAAAGGUUUUGCAACAUUAAAGGUGUUCAAACUUUAUGCGACGGGUCUGUAUGGUGACAAGUGGACUCAGACAGAUGGUUCAGUGAUGGUGACCUAUGGUGAAAAGAAAAUGCGCACUAAUAUCAUAAGUAAUAAUGACAACCCUAAAUGGAGAGAAACAUUUGAAUUUGGGACCAUCACCAUCAACAUGCAAGACAAACUUACAUUCACUGUGUAUGAUGAGGACACUUACUGGAACAGUGACAAGUUAGGCAUGUGUUCAUUUGAUCUGCACAGGGGGAAGGUGAGCGACAGCUGCAUGCUGAAUUAUGGUACUUUCUUCUUUUCCUACAUCGUAGAGUGUGCACCAAGUCUUGGUGGUAACCAGUGUCAGGAGUACAUCCCCUCUCCCAUGAGUCCCUCUUUAGCCGAGGUCUUCCACACCAGAAAUGGGGUCCUUCUUGGACAGAUUGGGAAGAAGUUUGCUUAGACAGUCAGUGAGUUAAUUUAACCUUCAAGAGACUAACUGGCCAUUGAUGACCUCAACAAUAUAUGUAGUUCUGAUCUUUCAUGUGAACCUUUUUUUAUAACUAUAACUAUAAA